CUAACAAUCCACUGAGAGGAGCAGCAUCAUUGAUGUUGAGUUCAGCAGAGGUGGGGCCUCCAAUCUACCUGCCUUAAGGCAGAUAGAACAGAUAAUCAAAGAAUUCUGAGGUUUCCCAUUGUAAUUGGGCUAUUAUUUGGAAAAGUGGAGGAAGUUUAUCAAGCUUUUAACAGAAGGUCUUUUGGCUGAAGUAGCACAGUGGAGAACUAGCCCUCUGGCUAACUGUUUUACUGGAAGUAUUGAGACCAAACAUGGCUGGCUAGACGAUUGUUUGAGGUCCUGCUCUAAAUGACUUAAGCCUGGGAAGAGCCACCCAGUACCCUCUCUGAUUGGACUGGGUAGUUUGUCUUGACGCACCACUGUGCUGAGUGCUGGAGGACGUGUUUCAACAGAUGGUUGGGGUUAGUGUGUGUCAUCACAUUGGAGAACGGAUUAGAGGAGGAAGGUUGUCUUCCAGGAGCAGUGUGGUCCCCACAAACACUCUGAGGAGCUCAAGCGCGAACAACCCACAGCAAGAGAGAUCAACUCCAUGAGCAAGACUGACAUUCAGAGCCCAACAUGCAAGCCACUGGAAAGCUGUACCAUUCAAAUGAAGUGGUGCUGUGGUUUUCCUGUUUGGUUGCCAUGGUGUGAUCGAUGUGGCAGUGAAGAAAUUAGACGUAGAUCAAAGAUUACGUUGUGAGGAUUCCAGCCUUCUGAUUCCUGUUCACACGCCCCGGUUUGCAGUCCCAUGAUGCAGCUGGUGAGCCUGGCCUGGAUGAUGGUCCUGGCCGCCCCACUGGUCUGCUCUGGUUUCACCACCCGUGGUCAGGGCCUGCGUGGGCGGGUCCUAGGUGACCGACGGAACAUCAGACCCAACAUCAUACUCAUCAUGACAGAUGACCAGGAUGUGGAGUUGGGCUCAUUGCAGGUGAUGAACAAAACUCGCAAGAUCAUGGAGGACGGUGGAACCUCAUUUACAAAUGCGUUUGUAACUACGCCCAUGUGCUGUCCAUCACGCUCUUCCAUGCUGACUGGGAAGUACGUCCACAACCACAACACGUACACCAACAACGAAAACUGUUCCUCACCUUCCUGGCAAGUUCAGCAUGAGCCGCGCUCCUUUGCCGUUUAUCUCAACAACACUGGAUACAGAACAGCGUUCUUUGGGAAGUACCUCAAUGAGUACAAUGGCAGCUACAUCCCACCUGGGUGGCGCGAAUGGGUGGGGCUGAUCAAAAAUUCCCGUUUCUAUAAUUACACCGUCUGUCGGAAUGGGAACAAGGAGAAGCACGGCGCGGAUUAUGCCAAGGACUACUUCACUGAUUUGAUUACCAACGACAGCAUCAACUACUUCCGAAUGUCCAAGCGCAUGUACCCGCAUCGGCCGGUGAUGAUGGUGAUCAGUCAUGCAGCGCCUCAUGGCCCGGAGGAUUCAGCACCCCAGUACUCCGAGCUCUUCCCAAACGCUUCCCAGCACAUAACUCCCAGCUACAACUACGCACCAAACAUGGAUAAGCACUGGAUCAUGCAGUACACCGGCCCAAUGAAACCAAUCCACAUGGAGUUCACCAACUACCUGCACAGGAAGAGGCUCCAGACGCUGAUGUCUGUAGAUGACUCUGUAGAAAAGAUAUAUAAUGUCCUGGUCGAUACCGGGGAGCUGGAGAAUACCUAUAUCAUUUACACAGCUGAUCAUGGCUACCACGUUGGCCAGUUUGGCCUGGUCAAGGGGAAAUCUAUGCCCUAUGAUUUUGACAUCAGAGUACCGUUUUUUGUCAGAGGUCCUAACGUGGAACCAGGAGCAAGGAACAACCAUCUUGUGCUAAACAUUGAUCUCGCACCCACAAUCUUGGACAUAGCUGGGCUGGACACUCCACCUGAUAUGGAUGGCAAAUCUGUCCUGAAGCUUCUGGAGCAGGAAAAGAGUGGGAAUAGAUUCAAGCCCAACCGGAAACCCAAAGUCUGGAGGGACACAUUCCUCGUGGAGCGGGGCAAAAUCCUGCGCAAGAAAGAUGACUCAGAAGGCAACUUGAACACACAACACUCCAACAGCUUACCCAAGUACAAGAAGUUGAAGGAGGUGUGUCAGCAGGCAGAGUAUCAGACGCCCUGUGAACAACCAGGACAGAAAUGGCACUGUGUGGAGGAGGUCAGUGGGAAGUGGCGUUUGCAGAAGUGUAAGGGCUCUCUGAAGGAAGGAUCCAAGAAGAGGGCGAGGAGUCUGCACUCUCGAAGCUACGACAGCCGUGAGAAAGACUGCCACUGUGGAGACCGGCCUUACAAAUCGGCCAAGGCAGCACGGCGGACACAGAGACAGUUUGCCCACAGCAGUAAUCCAAGCUACAGACCUCGCUUUGUUCACAUGCGGCCAGCCAGAUCCCUGUCAGUGGAGUUUGAGGGUGAAAUCUACGAUGUGGACCUACAGGCUGAUGACAAAACCCCCCUUGAGCCUCGACCAGUCAGCAAACGGCACCAUGAGCCUGAGGGAGGUCUAGAUUCGGACUUUGGGUUGGAGUCCGAUGACGGAUCGGAGGAGAUGCAGUCGGAUGACACUAAUGCAGUGGGCUACCCCAAUUCUCUUAAAGUCACCCAUAAAUGUUUCAUAUUAAUGAAUGACACUGUGCACUGUGAAAGAGAGAUUUACCAGUCCUCCAGAGCAUGGAAAGACCACAAGAACUUUGUGGACCAAGAGAUUGAACUUCUCCAGGAUAAAAUGAAGCAACUGCGUGAGGUUAGAGGCCAUUUAAAGAGGAGGAGACCGGAUGAGUGUGACUGUGGAAAGAAGAGAGAGGUCAUGCAGGAAGUGGACAGCAAGACUCAACUCUACAACGAGAUCCGCCGUAGAAAGAAAGAGAGGAAGGAAAGGAAGAGGCAAAGGAAGGGUGAUGACUGCAGUCUUCCUGGCCUCACCUGCUUCGCACAUAAUAAUGACCACUGGCAGACCGCCCCCUUCUGGAACUUGGGUGGCUUCUGUGCCUGCACAAGCUCUAACAACAACACAUACUGGUGUCUGAGAACUAUAAAUGAAACUCACAACACACUCUUCUGUGAAUUUGCCACUGGUUUCCUGGAGUACUUUGACCUAAACAGUGACCCAUACCAGUUAACCAACGCAGUUUAUACAGUGGAGAGGGACGUCCUGAGCCAACUGCAUUUACAGCUGAUGGAAAUGAGGAGCUGUCAGGGCCACAAGCAGUGCAACCCGAGGCCAAAAGGCUUAGAUGCAGAACACAGCCAGCCUGGGAUGUCCACAAAAGUUAAGCUGCCCAAUUUCACAGAGGACAUCGACUGGCAAGGACUGGCAGAUUUGUACUGCAUGAACGAGAGUCUGUACGAACACAGACGCAACUACAGUCCCGACCUGGAUGACUGGAUGAACUUUUGGAAGGAUGUAGAUACUAUGUUUGCACUGCUGGGAAAUUUAAAGACACUCAACCAAACCAAUAAGCUUGACCCCCUGGCUGAGCUGGGCUCCGGGGUCCUGGAGGAGGCCAGCGGUGCUGGAUUCCCGAUCCGAGAGGAACGCCCCCUGAAUCCUGUCACCGAAGGACCCUCGAGAGGUCCAACACCCCAAACUCUUCAAAAGAGUCGUUUAAAGUCUUCUAAUGAACUCCCAGAAGGCCACCCAGCCAAACCAAGUGCUCUUCCCAGGGGAGACACCUGGGUUCAACAGCUGGAAAAAGAGUUGGACAAUGAUGGAAUAACGUUUAGUGGCAACGGGGUCACUGAACUGGAGACCCGCCAUGACUUUCUGUUGCGCAGCUCUAAAAUUCUGGAUCGCCACCUGCCGGAAGAAGAGGAGGACAUUUUUCAGGCCCAGGGUUACCUUCCCCUCUCGUCGCAGCCAGCCAGACCCCCAGAGCCCACUGGGGAAUCUCCUCCAGCCCAGAAUGACACCCCACAGGAGAAGUGGAAUGGAAGCGUCAGACCUUUUACCCACAAGCCCAGGGAUGUUCAAGACUCGGAGGGUAGCGCCUCGGGACCAUCCCCUUUGUGAAAGGACUGCUGCCAUGCACUGUGAAGCCAGCCAACUCAGAGACACUAACCCCACGGAGCAUGGACUGCUCUCCUGUAUAAUCCAAUGAAUUAUUUUAUUUUGCUUCCAUUUAUUAGAAAUCAGUGUAAUGUAUUUUGUCUAUAUAUAUAAAUAUAAAAAAUUAGAGGUAAAGUAUCGAAUGCAUCUUAAAUGUUGGGUUUGGUUUUAAAUCUCAAGGGGGAAAACACCAUCAAAGUAAGGUUUUAAUAUAUUUUUAAGUAAGAAACCGGUUCAAAUGGUGAAACGGUCACAUUCAGUCUUGAAUUAACCACAUGCAGAUUGUUUCCCCAGAUAUCUGAUGCACUUUUUUCAAGUUUCUCGACUUCAACACAUUCUGCAGUCUCAUUUAGACGUAAAUGACUACAUGUUGACACCCAACACAAGUCGUCAUUUGUUGAAUUCGCCUUUGUUAAUGAAUAUUCUUGGUGUUUUCUUCCAUGUUUACUUCAACUUUUUAGGUUCAGUUCACUGUUUACACUAUAAACACUGCUUGAACAUGUUUCAUACACUUGGAUUGUGGGUUUAAUGGUUUGACUUGUUGAUGAAAUGGUUCUCUCACAAAUGUUGUAUAGUUCAGCUGCAUUCAGUCCACAUAAUGUAAGAAGGGCAUUCACCGUAAGUGCAUUAAUCAUUGAUGACUAACAUUUUCACUAACCUACAAAAAGUAAUCACUUUAAAAUAGCUUGUUUCAUUUGUGAAGAAUGUGAGAUGGGCAUUUAUUCAGAGUUUUUUGACCAUUUUCUUUUAGAAUUGCAAUGUCUAAAUUCAUUUUUGAAGAAAAAAUGGUUUGAAGAUGAGAUGACCUGCCAAAUUUGCAAAUAUUACAUUACUUUUUAACCAGUGGUGUUGAAACUAUUCUGGCUUCUGGAAAGCCAAGAAGCUGUUUUGCAAUAAAAACCUGCCAAACAUUUGUUUCACCUA